ACGUCACAGUCUCAUCGAAAAAAUCAAAAGUAUUUCAUGGUUAUAUGCAUCGUAUCGAAUGCGUUGUGGACGUCUCGUUGGAGAAAGCCUUCGAGUAUUUCUUGCCGAACCCGUUAGGAUUACGACUAGAUUGGGACAAAACGCUGGAACUCCAUGAAUGCAUAACACACAUUGAAGAGGAGUCCUACUUAUACCGGGCCAUCACUCACAGUCAAUUGAUGGGCCUCAUUGCUGCACGUGAGUUUGUCUACAUCUUACGUACGAUACGGAGACCUGAAGAAGGUUGCAUCUUAACAGUGUGUGAGAGUAUUGAUCAUCCUAGCUACCCUGUCCAGAAAUCCCCUGUCAGGGGUAUCAACUAUCCAUGUGGAACCUUCUUUGAAGUACAAGCAGAUAAAAAAGUUCGACUUACCAAUUAUUAUCACGUGGACCUCGGAGGUAAACUACCCCAGUCUGUGAUCGAUAGUUCGAUACCGUCCAUAAUGGCAUCGGUAAUGGAACUCUACUACAAGCAUUUGCAGACUAUCAAAAAGUGACAACAUUCCAGCAAUUAUAACGUUAUGCUAUAGUCACACAAUUGAAAGCGAUUUCAGAGCAACCGAUGAUAUGAGCUUUGGAUGGUCCGGGCCCCGUAACACAAAUGUUAGCGAUUAUUCGCUAAUUGAAACGUCCUAUCAAGAUCAUCGCAUUAUACUUUUUGUACAGUAGACUGACUAGGAACCAAUCAGAAUUGUUCUUUCAAUUAAACGAUUAAUCGCUAACCUUUGUGUGAAGGGGCCCUGUCGUUUUCAUCUGAGUGACUAUCACAUAACUGGAUUACCAGUUUUAUUCUAAAACCAAGGGUUAAGACUUGGGUCCCGUAACACAAAGGUUAGUGAUCGAUCGUACGCUUGAUUCUUACGAUUGAUUGUACAUUGUAGUCAAUGGACUCAAUCGUAGAAAAAUGUUCUACGAUCAUUGCUAAGCUUUGUGUUACGGGCCCCUGGUCUCACUGGCCGACGGAUACAAAACGUACUCAUAAACAGAUACAGCGGACCAGCAAACUUUCGGGAUGGCUCCAUCCGGCUCCAGACAAUGGACAAAAUGGGCGAACAAUGAAAUCACAGUGGACGGAUGCUCGAUGGAUAUAGAACGUAUGACGUAUGCAAAGAGUACAUAAUGGAAACAUAAUGUUUUCCAACGGAUGGCAAGAUUCUUUUCCGUUUUACAUCCUUUUGCAUCCGUAAGUGAAAUGGGACCAAGCCUUCCUGUGUAUUCACAAUACUGUAAUAGAGUUACAUUGUUUAGUAGGCCUACGCGUCCUUUUAUGUAACCUGUCCUGAAUAAUCAUGAUACCUUAUACCUAAAAGUUGAUUUUCGCCAAUGAACAUUAUGAUUUAUAUAAUUAAUAGCACAAUAAUUACAGUAUUUUAAAAGCAAGUUUCAUCAUGAUUAUAAUAACCAAAUGGGACCAGGCCCAUAACAUCAACAUAUCAUAACAUCAUUGUGAAUUUAAUAUCGGAAAUCUGAUCUCUUAUCUCAGGUCAUUAUACAUUCCAUAUUUUAUAUGCAAUCCUUUUUGCCAUUUGUAUGAUAUUACGAAAGCGUAGAUAAUGAAAUGUUCUACUUUGCUUAAUGAUAAAUGUGUUCACCGAGGGGAGUGUGCCGUUAAAACAGUU